CGUGUACACUCUCGUUUACAAGUGCUACAUACUACAUACAAGAAAACUCAGCAACCGCCACAGCCAUCAUACCAUUUGGUGACAUCACAUCAGAUUUUCCAGAAGGAGCGGCUGGUACAGCGUUUAUUAUAGCCAGUGUAUCCGCACCAGGUCCUGCAACGUUAUUUGACAUUGUUGGAACUACAGGCGUGCUGAUGGUAGGGAGCACUAUUCCUGAUUUUGAAACUCAUGGUGGAAAUACAUAUACUGUUGAUAUGCAAUGUAAACAAACAACAGGUGUUGAUGGAAGCAGUGUGUCAGUUGAUGUAACUUUCACUAAUGAAGUUGAAUUGUGCACGAUGUCCUGGUCAGGCGGACCAUUUUCUGUGGCAGAGAAUACAGCUACUAGAACUGAGAUAAUCGCAGCAUCAUCACUGACAUCAACCUUCCCUGAAACAGCUGAUACUACAGCAUUCAGUAUUACUUCAGUUAGUCCAGGUGCAACCACGCUGUUUGACAUUGAUCCAAGCACAGGGGCGCUGAGUGUUGGAUCAACGCCGCCAGACUAUGAAAAUGAUGCAUCAACUCAAACAAUAACUGUAACUUGCCAUCAGUCGUCGACUACUAGUGCUGCUGAAACAGUUGUUGUUACCAUUACAAAUGUUGAUGAAGAUUGUACGAUAAACUGGCCGUCAGCUCCAUUUGUCGUAGCAGAAAAUUCUGUCACAACUACAGUUGUAAUUGCUUCAUCGGCUAUUACGGGAGUCUUUCCUGAAAAUGCUGCAGCAAAUCCAUAUGACAUCACUAGCGUUAGUCCAGGACCUGCAGGCUUGUUCGCUAUUAAUCAGGCAACGGGUGCUAUAUCAGUUGACAGUGUUGUACCAGAUUAUGAAACGCAUACUACUUCCCAAACAAUAACUGUGACAUGUUACCAGGCAUCUGGGCAUAACGUUGCAUAUACAGUUGAUGUGAAUAUCGAAAAUGUAGAUGAAGCGUGUACACUCUUGUUUACAAGUGUUACAUACUCCAUACAAGAAAACUCAGCAACGGCCACAGCCAUCAUACCAUUUGGUGACAUCACAUCAGAUUUUCCAGAAGGAGCGGCUGGUACAGGGUUUAUUAUAGCCAGUGUAUCCGCACCAGGUCCUGCAACUUUAUUUGACAUUGAUGGAAGUACUAGCGUGUUGAUGGUAGGGAGCACUAUUCCUGAUUUUGAAACUCAUGGUGGAAAUACAUAUACUGUUGAUAUGCAAUGUAAACAAACCACAGGUGUUGAUGGAAGCAGUGUAUCAGUUGAUGUAACUUUCACUAAUGAAGUUGAAUUGUGUACUAUGUCGUGGUCAGGCGGACCAUUUUCUGUGGCAGAGAAUACAGCUACUGGAACUGAGAUAAUCGCAGCAUCAUCACUGACAUCAACCUUCCCUGAAACAGCUGAUACUCCGGCAUUCAGUAUUACUUCAGUUAGUCCAGGUGCAACCACGCUGUUUGACAUUGAUCCAAGCACAGGAGCGCUAAGUGUUGGAUCAACACCACCGGAUUUUGAGAGUGAGGCUUCCCUGCAGACAGUAACUGUGACUUGUCACCAAAUGUCGGGCGAGGACAACACAGCAACUGUGACAGUCACUAUUCUUGAUGUCGUUGAAGAUUGUACAAUCGCAUGGUCUUCGCCGCAAUAUGCAAUAUCAGAAAAUUCCGUCACAACUACAGUUAUUAUAGAUACAACUGAUUUCACGCCUGAUUUUCCGGAGACUGCCGCAGCUGUUACAGUAUACAGUAUUGCUGGAGUCAGUCCUGGUCCCACUAACUUGUUUACCAUUGAUCAAUCCACUGGAGCAAUUUCUAUUGACUCUGAGAUUCCUGACUAUGAGUUUCAUACUACAACUCAAACUGUAACAGUGACGUGUUACCAGGCUUCUGGAAAUAAUAAUGAUCAAACUAUUGAUAUUGUUAUAGAAAAUGUCGACGAACCAUGCACGCUGUCAUUUGCUAAUGCCCCAUACUCUAUAGACGAAAAUUCAGCUACUGGGACAACUAUCACGCCAUUUUCAGAUAUCACAUCGGAUUUCCCAGAAGGAGAAGCCACUCCUUCAUUUAUAAUAGUUGGGGUUUCAGCACCCGGACCAUCAACUUUAUUUGAUAUAGAUGGGACUACUGGGGUGAUCCAAAUUGGAAGUACAGUGCCAGAUUACGAAACACAUGGUGGCAAUACAUAUUCUGUUGAGAUACAAUGUAAACAAACAUCAGGCGUUGACGCCAGUGUAACUAUUGACAUCACAUUUGAUGAUGUCAUUGAAUUGUGCACUGUUGGAUGGACAGGAACACCAUACACCGUUUUGGAAAACACAAACACUGGUGAAAUUAUAAUAGAUUCUUCCGAAUUAGUAACGUCAUUCCCUGAAGGUGCAGCAACACCUGCUUUCAGUAUUUCUGUCAGUCCUGGAGCUGCCACACUUUUUUCAAUCGAUGGCACAACGGGAGCAUUAAUGGUUGGAACCACGCCACCUGACUACGAAGCAGACAACACAAUACAGACAGUUACAGUUUCAUGUCUACAGGAUUCGUCACAAGAUAACACAAACGAUGUUACUGUCACCAUAGUGAACGUUCUUGAAGCAUGUUCGAUACAGUGGGUGAAUGCGCCGUAUAGUAUAGAUGAAAAUUCAAACACAGCUGUCAAUGUAGUGCCGGCUGCUGAUGUCAUGGGAGACUUUCCGGAAGGUGCCUCAAGUCCGAGUUAUGGUAUAAGCAGUGUUGACCCAGGUCCUGCGGAACUAUUCAGCAUUGAUGCCACUUCUGGUGCUAUUGUUAUUGGAAGUCUCAGUCCAAAUUUUGAACUACAUGGUUCGACAACACAGACAAUCUACGUGGAUUGCAUGCAAGAUUCUGGACCAGAUGAUACGUAUGCUGUAAGCGUGCAGAUUAACGACAUUGACGAAACUCCUCAAUUUGCCAAUCUACCAACUUCAAUCAAAAUCUCGGAGAGUAUAGGUGCUUCCCAGUCAGUGUUCAAAGUAUUCUACAAUGAUCCAGAGGGCGUUGCUGUCACCGUUGACAUCAGUACACAGACUCCAGUUACUCCCGCCUUCACAGUUGUGAAUGGAAAUGAAAUACACUCUCCUGUCGGGUUAGAUUAUGAUUUGAGUGAUCGGACGUACACCUUGACUAUAAGAGUUGAUGAUGGAACAAACACAGAUACAUCCACGUUGACUAUCAAUCUAUACAAUGAAAUUGAUGAACCACCGACCUUUCCAGCAUCCGAUUACACUGGUACAAUAGAGGAAGAACAGUCGUAUGGAACAGUUGUAACAUGGACAACAAACCCAGUAGCUGAUAUGAUCGCAAGUUACAACGAAGUCGGUGACAGUAAUCUGUAUUACGAGCUAUCCGGGACAAAUUCUGUCGAUUUCAACUGCGACCGGUUAACAGGUGUUAUCACAACAUCCAGAAAAUUAGACGCCGAUGACGUAUCAUCAACAGCGAGCUACUCUCUAACAUUAACAGUGGGAGAUUCUGCCGGCCAUACUGAUACUACGACAUUAAGCAUUACACUGACUGAUAUCAACGAUAAUAAACCAAUAUUUUCACCGUCCUUGUAUUAUAAGGCAAUUGACGAGAAUAGUGGGGCUGGUGUCAUUGCAGCUACAAUGACAGUGUCCGAUGACGACGCUGGUGUAUUCGGCACAGUAACCCUAACCAUUACCAGUGGUGUUACUGCGAAAUUUACAUUGUCUGGGAAUGAAAUCUUAACAACAGCAGAUCCAUUGGACUAUGAAACCACUACUAGUUACACUAUAACAGUGACUGCAGCUGAUGGGGGUGGUGAGAUAAGCACAGCUACAGUUAUUGUUGAUGUCGGAAAAUUAAAUGAAUUUCCACCGAUUUUCGAUACUUUUCCUGCGACUGCUAUCACGGUCGCUGAAAACAGCGCGCUUGGUUUUGAAGUUCUAGCAGCUGCAGAUAUAAUAGCAAGUGAUGACGAUGAUGGCUUGGAUGGAAAAAUAAGUUUUUCAAUUAGUGCAGUUACAAAUGGUGGUAUAAAUAAAUUCAGCAUGGAUUCUUCGACUGGUAGAAUAUUGACAACAAGUACAUUCGACUACGAAAGUGGUUCUAUUUCAUACAUUAUUACGUGUGUUGCUGCCGAUCAAGGAUCCCCGGGACCAAGCAGCACAACAAGAAGCUUAACAGUUGAUAUAUCAGAUGAAAACGACAACGCUCCUUAUUUUGAUCAGAACUAUUACUCAUUGACAAUCACUGAGGGUGACGUAAUUGAUACCGUCAUUACAACUUUCAACGUGAACGACGACGAUUCUGCAGCAAUCACAACAAUUAGUUACCAGUUCUACUCCGGUAAUGACCUUGAUAAGUUUAAGAUGGAUGAUGCCACACAUCAAUUGAAGAUUAAGACAUUGGUUAACUUAGACGCUGGUCAUCCGGACGUAUAUGAUAUAGUACUUCGUGUGCUGGACGGUGGCACGCCCGAGUUAACUGGCACCACGUCACUACACAUUAGUGUCACGGAAACAAAUGACUAUGAUCCUGUGUUUGGUACUACAACCCCGAUCGCUAUUUCCAUAUCUGAAAAUACUAAUCUUGGGAGUACUGUAGCUGUUAUCAACGUGAGCGAUGAUGAUUAUGGUUCGAGUGGCGAUGUUACUCUGACAAUCACCGGCGGGGAUACAGAAAAUAAUUUCCGUCUGGACGAUGGGAAUCUAGUGGUUAAAAAGUCAAUAAAAUACGAAGAUACUGGGUCCCCAAUUGUGUUAACAAUCGAAGCCACUGAUGACGGUGCAACACCACGGGUUGUAUCAGAAGAUAUCUCAAUCGCUGUCACGAAUGAAAAUAACUACAAACCAACCUGUUCUCCCAGGAAUUAUGCUACAACAGUCCCAGAAACAGCCGCCGCAUCCGAUCCAGUUGCCCAAAUUGAAUGUCAAGAUAUCGACCUAGACACUUUGACAUACACUAUAACUGCUGGUAAUGGUGAUAGUAAUUUUGAAGUUGACGGUACCGGUCUCGUAACUGUUGCAUCUUCAGGAUCCAUUAUUGACUACGAGUCGGGAAUUCUUAAAUAUUCACUAACAGUUGAAGUUAGUGAUGGAGCAAACACGCUCGACGUCCAAGUUACCGCAAAUAUUGAAGCUGUGAAUGAGGACUCCCCUGUAUUUGAUACAGGUGCAUGGACUGUUAAUUUAGAUGAAGACACUUCUAGUCAGGAUAUCAUAGUAUCGCUGGCGUCCUCAAUAACUGACACAGACACCGGAGGACAUGGUAUAGUUGCCUACAAAAUUACCUCAGUCAGCCCAACAAGUGGGACAAGUAAAUUCAGCAUUGAUGAACGUUCUGGUGAAAUAUUCCUUUUUGAAUCAUUGGACUAUGAAGAGGAGACUUCUUAUGAUAUUGCCGUUGAGGCUGAAGAUGGUGGUGGAUUGACAGAUGCCGCAAUCAUUACGAUUAACGUCAUAGACCUCAAUGAUAAUAGUCCAUCAUGCUUACAAACAAGUUAUUCGGUGAACGUGAACGAACAUACAUACACUUACACGGCAGUGAGCAUGGCGGAUUUAGGGUGUACUGAUAUUGACUCCGGUACACUAGGGGACUGCGGGAUUGCUGACACUCUGGACUAUGAAGCUGAUAGACAAUACACCAUGACUCUUAGGGUUUCCGAUGGAGGAACCACACCACCACAAACCCAAGAUAUUGCAAUAAGCGUGACUGUUGAUGCAAUAGAUGAAGGUGCACCCGUGUUUGCUGGCCCGUACAGUACAUCAGUCUUGGAAGAUGCUGAACCAGGCACUACUAUUGAAACAUGUAUAGCAAUAGACCCUGAUUCAGAUGACACUUUACAUGGUCAAGUAUCGUAUGCAAUAACAAAUGGUAACACUGCUGAGCAUUUUGCAAUUGACUCCUCAACAGGAGUUGUCCAAACAAUUGAUCUACUGGACAGAGAAACAAUAGACAGUUAUACUUUAGAAAUAACCGCAACCGAUGGUAAUGGAGGCACAGGUGUGGAAACAUUAGAUAUCACAGUAACUGAUGUAAAUGACGUGGAACCAUCGUGUACCCAAUACUCGUAUGCUCUAGAUUUAGAUGAAGACACACCAGUUGGUACAUUAUUCUCCUUAGUAUGUACAGAUGAUGAUCCAGCUGAUUCUACUUUGACUUACACAUUAACUAGUGGUGACGCAUUGAUGUUUGGUGUAAAUACAGUUGGCGACGUGUACUUGCAAUCUGCACUAGAUUAUGAUGGUGUAAAUAGUAAUAGAAGUUAUAGAUUUGAAAUAACUGUUUCAGAUGUAGCAUCACAUAGUGUAGUUAUAGAAGGAUCAGUAUAUGUACUUCCGGUCAAUGAAGACUCUCCUGCAUUUACCACCGGUUUAUACUCGCAGGAUGUAGACGAAGAUGUGGCAAUAGGAAGCACAUUACUCACAGUAUUGGCCAUCGAUACAGAUUCUAGCGAUACAACAGAUGGUGUUGUGGUAUACACAAUUGGGGAUGCGUGUAGCUGUCCAGAGUUUCACAUGAACAGACACACAGGAGAUAUAACGUUAUUAACACUACUCGAUUAUGAAACUACUACGUCAUACACAUUGCCAAUAGAGGCCACAGAUGGGAGUACGACUGACUUUGCUAUUAUUGAAAUACAUGUAAUAGAUGUUAAUGAUAAUGCACCAGUGUUUCUUCCAGUGUCGUAUAGUGAGAUUGUGCAGGAGGAACUGCCAGCAGGACAGGUAGUUGCAACAGUGAAUGUGACAGACAUUGAUUCUAUCACUGACGAUAAUAAUGUUAUUCUACUUUAUAUUGCAAGUGGGACUGCAUUUUCUGUUGAUUCUGCUACAGGAGAAAUCACCACAACUGGUUUGAUUGAUUAUGAAACAAUUCAGUUAUUUAAUCUAGAGGUUGUAGCAGAAGACCGUAAUGGAGCAUCGGGUGCAAACAGUGCCACAGCCCUCGUCACCAUAGAUAUAGAACCAGUCAAUGAAUACACCCCCGUGUUUCAAUCCACCUCAUAUAAUAUCUCAAUCAGUGAGUUUACUGCAACAGGAGUAACAGUGCUCACCAUAUCGGCAACUGAUGAUGAUUUAGCAUCACAUCCCCAUGAUAGUACAGCAGCUCUUGGAGACCAGUUGUCUACUGAUGUGGAUGUUGAAAUCAUAAUUGAAGAUGAGAACGACAACACUCCCACAUGUGAUCCACAACCUUAUGUCGUGAGCAUAUCGGAAAAUGAAAGUACCGGAACAACAGUCACGACUCUUGUUAUACAAGACAGCGAUAGUGGUACCAAUGGUGAAGUAGCUAUAACUAAAGCAAGUGGUGAUGAAAAUAAUGAUUUUGUACUUACUAACUACGACCUUAUACUGGAUCAACAAUUAAUUUAUCACGUGACACCAGUUUAUGAUAUUGUGUUUAAUGUGACUGACCGUGGAUCCCCGUCUUUGUCGACUAACUGUGCUGUCACAGUGAAUGUUUUGCCAGAAAAUAACUAUACACCUGUGUUUGGUAUUGAUCCCGAUAAUAUUGUUAUAUCAGAGUCGUUGGAAAUUGGCAGUGUUAUUUACACUGCUAUAGCUACUGAUGAAGAUGCAAUUGGCUCUGAUGGGAAAGUAACAUACAACAUUACUGAAGGAAAUUCUGAAGAAAAAUUUACAGUUGACCUCUACAGUGGAGAUGUAUUGACAAAAUCGCUGCUUGAUCGUGAAAUAACUGACCAAUAUAUCCUGGAAAUAACUGCCACUGAUGGUGGGGACACACCGCUUACUGGAACAGUUACACUAUCUAUCACUGUUGAAGAUGUUAAUGACAAUACACCUAUCUUCUCACAGGAUAUCUACACUACAAGUAUACUAGAAAAUAUUAAUAUUGGCACUAGCGUCUUUACUGUGAUAGCCACUGAUAUUGACAGUGGUGCUAACUCAAAUAUCGAAUAUAAUAUCACAGGUGGGAUGAGUCAUGAGGACUUCAAUAUUGACAUUGCAACAGGUGAGAUCACGACGGCUGCAGAUAUCGACUUUGAAACAAGGAAGAUGUACAGUUUAACGGUUCAAGCAACUGAUGGUGGAACACCAGUGAGAUCAUCAGACACCGUUGUUAGAAUAAAGAUCAAUGAUUAUAAUGAUAAUGUACCAGUCAUUUUUCCCAAUGGUGUAACGAUUUCCAUCUUUGAAAACUCUCCCAGUGAUACUUUAGUCAUUCCACAAUGGGUAGUUGAUGAAGACAGUGAUGAAAAUGGCAAUGUUACGUUCCUACUCGCCGACGGUGAUCCAUUAGGACAGUUUUACAUUGAUAAUUGGUCGGGGUUGAUUUAUACCUCUAAUUUUGGGCCAAUAUUGGAUCGAGAAGUUCAAGACACAUACCACUUACUUGUUAAUGCUAGUGACCUAGGUACUCCUUCUUUGGCGUCAACUAGCACUGUAACUAUAGUCAUUGUGGAUGAAAAUGACAAUUCCCCUGUCAUAGUGAAUCCUGGAUCUUAUGACACUACAAUAUCAGAAGAUCAACAUGUUGGGACUUCAGUACUCACUAUUAUUGCCACCGAUGAUGAUGCAAAUGAGAAUGGACAGUUGACAUAUGACAUAACAUCUGGCAAUGAUGGUACGUUUGCUCUUGCAUCAACAUCUGGCGUAUUGAGCGUGGUUAUGCCAUUGGACAGAGAAACGACAGCCUCUUAUAGUCUAGAAGUCACAGUUACAGAUAAUGGACUUGUACCAUUGUUUGCUCAGACAACUUUUACUAUCACCAUAGCUGACAUCAAUGAUAACGUUCCGCAGUUUGCUCAGUCUGUUUUAAAAUUAUACGUAGCGGAAAAUGUGCCAUUGUCGACUUUAGUGGAUACUUUAUUAGCCACAGACCCUGACCUUGGUGACAAUGGUCUCGUGAACUACACCAUCAGCAGUGGUGUCAAUGCUGAUCAUUUUAUACUAGACAUUGAGACUGGAGUGCUUAUCACAGCGGCUGAUAUAGAUAGAGAACUUAUUGGGUCAUAUUUGUUCACUUGUAAAGCCGUUGAUAAUGGAAGUCCCACACUUUUUACUUCUGUGACAGUUGAGAUUAUUGUAGAAGAUGAGAAUGAUAACUAUCCUAUAUUUAAUGAAGAUGAAUACAGUGUCACCAUUGCUGAAGAUCAUGAUGUUAACGCAUAUAUAUUGACUGUGGAUGCCACUGACGCUGACAACGGUACCAAUGCUGAGCUCACAUACAGCUUUCAUUCGAGUUUCCCUGUAGGAGAUGAGUAUUUCUCAAUCGAUGAUAAUGGUUCACCUGUGCUGACAACUACAACGACAGUUUAUGUGUAUUUAAUUGACGUUAAUGACAAUGCUCCUAAAUUCAAUCCUACGUUCUACAGUGCCGAGGUAGCAGCUGACAAUGUUGCUGGGGAAACUAUUGUGACUGUAACUGCUACUGAUGCGGAGGAUGGCGAAACUGUUAAAUAUGUUCUCACCAUGGAUGAAUCACAACAAUUCGUGAUUGGCAGUAGCACUGGAGACAUCACAUUAAUUGAAGAGCAAACAUUGCAAGCAGGGGAGAAGUAUGAACUGCGCGUGGAAGCCGAAGACUAUGGUUUACCCCAAUUAACAUCAUCAGACGAAGCGGUUGUCAGAAUUGAUGCAUUUGAUCCUUCCAUAUGCCUUAUAAAAUUCUACAUAUCAAAUUCAUUGGUGGACUUCACACUGACGAAAUCCGAUUUUCUGCAAGCAAUUACAAACAUCAUUCAUGAUUAUUUCCCUACUGCACGGUGCGGAAUAUCACACAUAACUGUUCAAGAUGGGGGUACAACACUAAGCACGCGUAAACUACUUGUAGAUGACGAACAAAUCAUAGUAUAUCUAUAUGCUGUCGCUGACAAUAGUACAGACGUAAAAGAUGGUUUGAAUCUGGCAAAGGACUUUGUACUCGCAUCGUAUAUGUAUGACUUAUUUGCACAGGAUUCUAGUGGCACUCCGUCUGACGAACUGCAAAGUGGUGUGUUCGAACAAUGGGAUAUUACUAUGGUUGACUACGACUCACGUCCCGGUGAAUGGUACCAGCUUUGGUGGGGAAUUCUGCUCAUUGUAUUGGCCUGCCUUUCAUUUGUCAUCGCUUGUUUCUGUAUAACUCUGUGUGUAUACUGGUUUUGCUGUGCUAAGAAGAAGGAUAAAAAACUGAAUGACAAAGAUAAAGCAAAACCAACCAUAAUCCCAAGGUCAUUUGCGCAAAGAAGUGCUUGGCUUCCAGGAUCAGAUAAAGAGAAACGUGUGGCAGAUCCUACCCUCAGUGUAUUGGCUUUGCCAUCGGCACGAUCAAACACUGUACAAACUACGAGAAAAAAUCACACAGCUCGUCCAGAUUAUACGGUGACACCAGUUGAAACGAAUAAACCACGGUAUGGCGGAAGCCAGCUCGAUGCAUUCUAA